AUAAAAUGCAUUUUAUGAAUUGCAGAAAAAUGCCCCGUCUAGAGCAACCACCUCCUGAGGACUUUCGCCGGGUACUCCGCGAAAAAGCCUUGAGCCACAGUUUAUUCUACCUGAAACUCGGCGCCGGAGUAUCGCCAGGGCAAGCGCGGGAGUCGGCACCGCUGCAGAUAUCAAGACGAGCGAGCGACAGUACGGGCAUGCGCGCGCCAUCGAUCGCGCGCGUCUCUCGACACGCGCAGCCGCGCGUCUCCGAGCUACUGCGACGUUUCGAGCCAGCCCCUAUGCAAUAUUUGCGCAUCCCACGCGCUUCCAGCCCUUCAGAGGAUAUCAGUUCAUCGGAUGAUGAUGACAGAGCAGCCGUCAGACGGCGUAGCCGCGAUUUGAGCGACGACUCCGCCGUGGAACUGGAACCACGAAGACGGCACUCGCACCCUCGCGAUAUCACCCCCCCACCGGAUGCGAUGUCCCCCAGACGAGAGCGGACUCUAAUUGAAGCUCACGUCGUGGAACUGGGGCGACGGGGAAGCGAAGGGUGCGAGACGAGAGGAAGAUGUGUGAGAACUCCAAGCGUCGUUGUUAGUGAUUAUUCCGAUGGUGUGGCCGUCGGUGCGACUGAAGAAGAGGUGGACUGGUUGAGGUCGAGGUCGCUGUCAGCGGAUUCAGCAUGCUCGUCGUGUUCCACACUUUCGAGUCGCGAUGACGAGGAGUUUGAGUCUCCAACGCUGCCGAAAAAGCAAUCGGAGAGAUGGCGAAAGCUCCGCAACAUAGUGCAAUGGACGCCGUUCUUCCAGACCUACAAAAAGCAACGGUAUCCCUGGGUGCAGUUGGCUGGUCACCAGGGUAACUUCAAGGCUGGGCCAGACCAGGGCACGAUAUUGAAGAAGCUAAGUCCACAAGAAGAGAGGUGCUUUCAGUUACUGAUGAAAGACAUACUCCGACCUUUUGUACCUGAAUACAAGGGACAAGUGACGUGUGAAGACGGAGAACUGUACUUACAAUUACAAGAUCUUCUAAGUGAUUUCGACUGUCCGUGCGUUAUGGACUGCAAAGUUGGAGUCCGAACUUAUCUAGAAGAAGAAUUAGCUAAGGCCAAGGAGAAGACUAAAUUAAGAAAAGAUAUGUAUGAAAAAAUGAUUCAAAUCGACCCAAAAGCGCCAUCAGAAGAGGAACACCGGAGCAAAGGUGUUACUAAACCAAGAUAUAUGAUAUGGCGAGAAACCAUCAGUUCGACAGCGACAUUGGGAUUCAGGAUAGAUGGUGUCAAGAAAGCUGAUGGAACGAGCUCCAAAGACUUCAAGACGACCAAAACUAGGGAGCAAAUACUCGAAGCUUUCAAGGACUUCACUUCAGCAUUUCCCAGCGCUGUCCCCAAGUAUCUCGAAAGGCUCAAGAAUAUUCGGGCAACUUUAAUUGAAUCACACUUCUUCAGAACACACGAGCUCAUCGGCAGCUCAUUACUUUUCGUCCACGACAAAAGAAAAGCAUCUAUCUGGAUGAUAGAUUUUGCAAAAACUGUUCCCGUGCCUGAAGGAGUGAACAUCGAUCACAAUUCAGCUUGGAAAGUUGGUAACCAUGAAGAUGGAUACCUCAUUGGUAUGGAUAAUCUAAUCUCCAUCUUCGAAUCCCUAAUAAAAGAUGACAACGGUAACAUUGAUCAGUGUUAUUCCAAUUUAAGCCUUGACAAAAACGUUAGAAGAGACACUUUAGCUACUUGAAAGAGGCCUUGGAAUUGCCAAUACAGAAUAGCGCUCUGUAGUGUCUUGGGCUUUGAAAUCAGCAGUCAUGUUACUGCAUACAGACUUCGUAUGGAGAUGACGAUUCAUGUGUAUAUAUUGACGAUUUAUUCAUUGUAAAUAAUGAUUGCAGUAAAGACCGUUAUUGUAUUAUUGAUAAGUUUAAAAUACUCAUCUUAGAGUAGGUUAUGAUCGUUGAUGACUUUAUUUGUACUGUUUAUAGGAUGAUGUAAAUGUGUGUUGAUUUUGAUGAAGUAGAUAUCGAACACCUAAAAGUUGGUACUACAUAUAAUUAUGGAACAAGUUUAAUAUACUUAUAUCUCUUUGAAAGAAGAAUACUGAUGUAUUUAUAUAUCUUAUUUAUGAUGUGUUUAUUGAACCUAUAUAUAUAUAAGGUACAUAUAGUAUUGUAUGUAAAAGUAAAUGGAAAUAACAAUACGAUUGUGGUUCUGGUAGUUUUUAAUAAUUUAUUUUUUCAAUCACAGCACAAAGAAUGUAUGUUUUAAAUGAAUAAAAAUAAAGACGAAAUGUAUUGAUCGAUUUAUCAAAUAGGAAUAAAAUUAUUUAUUAUUUAAAUAAAAUACAGAAACAAGAAUACAACUUUUGUGUAUAUCGUUUUAUAAACCAGACAAGUUUAUGUGUUAUGAAAUUAAUUGAAUUUUCAUUAAAAGUAAGUUUGACUCGAACAAAAUUAAACUCGAUGCUAAGAUAUCAAGGAAUAAACACAUCUUGUAAUAUAUAUUUAUUUUUAUUAUUGUAACUACACUAUAUUAGUGUAACGACUAGAUAAAACUUUAUUGCUAAGUUAAAAUGUAUAAGGUUAAACAUAUUUGAUGAUACUAAUUAAAACAUAUCACAAUA